AUGCUGCUUCAGCUGCUCGAUUACCUGGGAGUGGCCGUUUUCGCGGUAACCGGCGGCAUUGUUGCCUCCCGCAAACAGCUUGACUUCAUUGCACUACUGUUUUUCGCGACGGUAACUGGCAUUGGUGGCGGCACCUUGCGGGACCUCUUGCUGGGAGUCCCGGUUUUCUGGGUCGAGAACGAAGCCUAUGUCCUGGUCUGUCUGUUCGUCAGCAUUUUCGUCUGGUUUUUUGCGCAUCUGAUCGAGCGUUUGAGCAAGCCACUGCGCUGGGCCGACGCGAUCGGGAUUUCGGCUUACUCGGUCAUGGGCGCUGCCAAGGCCAUGUCCGUUGGAGACACGGUGCUGGUGGCGGUGCUGAUGGGAGUGGUGACGGCGACGUUUGGCGGAAUAAUCCGCGAUACGAUCGCAGGCGAGGCAUCUUCCAUCGUCAAGCCUGAAAUCUAUGUCAGCGCGGCUUUUGGCGGCGCUGGCAGCUUCGUGCUUUUGGCGGCAAUGGGUACACCGCAGAUCGUCGCGGCAUGUCUGGCGGCGGCGGUGGCGCUGAUCCUGCGUGGCGGCGCGAUCCUGCGGGGAUGGACGUUGCCGGGAUAUGGCACGAGGCGCGACGGUUAG